CUUUAAUAAAACUUUAAUUACAAUGUUGGAUUCGGUUUAUUGAAGCGAUUAUAAGUCGAUUAAUUUUAAGAUUUUCAAUGAUGGGACUUUUGAGUAUAUUAAAAAAGUUACGUUCUAACCCUGAGAAGGAGCUGCGUUUGUUGUUACUUGGCUUGGAUAAUGCUGGUAAAACUACGAUUUUGAGACAGCUAGCGUCUGAGGAUGUCUCGCAUGUUACACCGACCGCUGGGUUUAAUAUAAAAUCGGUUUUAUCCAAUGGUUUCAAAUUAAAUGUCUGGGAUAUAGGCGGACAAAGAAAGAUAAGACCUUAUUGGAGGAAUUAUUUCGAAAAUACUGAUAUAUUGAUAUACGUUGUAGACUGUUCUGAUCACCAGCGUCUUGAGGAGACUAGUCUAGAGCUGACUGAACUUUUGCAAGAUGAUAAAUUAAGAGGUGUACCGUUGCUUGUGUAUGCUAACAAGCAAGAUUUAGCUUCAGCACUACCAGCGAGCGAAGUAGCCCAACUCCUCGGAUUGCACUUAAUCAGGGACCGCACUUGGCAGAUUCAAGCAUGUGUUGCCACUGAUGGAACUGGCAUUAAGGAAGGUAUGGAGUGGGUGUGUAAGAAUAUGCCGACUAAAAAAUAACGAUUUUAU